AUGGAACACACUAAAUCCUUGACUGGGCAUCCAGACAUUGUGUCAUCUGCAAAGUUUGUUUUGAUAGUGGAGAAGGACGCCACCUUCCAGAGGCUGCUAGACGAUGACAUUUGCAGCAAGCUAUCUCCCUGCAUCAUGAUCACAGGUAAAGGUGUCCCAGAUGUGAACAGCAGGCUGAUGGUGAGAAAGCUUUGGGAUACCCUCCACGUCCCCAUCUUCGCUCUAGUGGACGCUGACCCUCACGAUCAUGUCCUAUAUAUCUAUAUGUACGGAUCAGUGGCCAUUUCGUUUGAGGCCCACAAUCUGACUGUCCCCAGCGUAAUGUGGCUGGGCCUCCUCCCCUCUGACCUCCAGAGAUAGAGAGUACCUGAGGAAUCUCUGAUCCCCCUCACUCAGAGAGACAAGAGUAAACUGACCAGCCUGCUGAAGAGACCCUACCUAGCCUGCCAGCCCAUCUGGUACAAAGAGAUAGAAAUCAUGCAACAGAGCGAGACGAAAGCUGAAAUCCAGUUCCUGGCAUCCAUAGCUCCUGAUUUCCUCAGCCAUGUCUACCUGCCCAACAAGCUGCGAUACGGGGGCUGGAUAUGAUCACAGACUGCCCCUCUGUGGUGG